AUGAGCGCGGUUUUCAGUGCGGGUCCGGUUUGUGGGGUUGACAAUUGUCCGUCCAAUGAGUGGCGGUCAGUGGACGGGAGGCGAAUAUGUCGCUAUGGCCAUGUGCUAGAAGGCGACUACGAGUUUAAUGAUGAGGAGGAUGAAUACACAGGAAUGGUGACACGACGGAUCAACGUUGUUGCUGGUUUGAACGAUGUCAGUAUUGCUACUCAAGAGGUGCGAUCGCAGAAACUGGCAGAGCAACGAGAUGCAAAUGCUCGAGUUUUCGGUAGAGAAGCUUUCUAUCUUCGAAUAAGUGCGAUGCAGUUCAUUUUUCACCGCCAGUUGCGGUGGCUGAUCGAGACGAAGGGGGCUCCCGAAGCGCUUGAGCUACAUGGUCGUUAUCUGUGGACCUUGUACGUCGAGAAAGUGUUCGUUCCGUUGGAUGAAGACUACGAAGGCGAGCAAGAGGAAGAGGAUGAAGCAAAUGAGGACCAGACAUCAUCGGUGCCAUUCAAAGAUGGAAUAAAGGUUCCGGCAAAUAGAAGCCCCGCAAGACCGAACCAUGUUGAUACUCUCGCUUUGUGUUACUUGGCGUGUCUCAAACUCAAGUUGGCGAUCUAUGCAAGCGAUUUUGUCCAUUGGGCAACCACGAAUGCAAUUCCAUACCUGAACGUGGAAUCAAUAAUACCAGUGCAAAUGACAAAGAAGAUGUCCAAACAGGUUUGGAGCAUGUUGGAGCCGCUUCACGCGCCAGACCAGGACCAUCUUUACGUCGCCGUGGUGAAUCUGUACAACGAUCUGCAUCUAUAUUCGGACGAUCGGGUUGACGAGAAUGCCACUAUAUUCACAAAGGAAUACUGUGUGGUUUGGCCUCCUUUAUUACUACGUGUAUGCCGUGAAAUGCUGCUUCCACCCCAAGUGUACCUGAUGGCUCGCAAGGUAAUCCAGUUUCACGGGGUCGAAAUGGCUAUUCCGCGGUCGCGGAUCAGGUGGAAAUCUCCAGUAUACUCCAAAGACUCUUUCCCAGAGCUUAAAGUUGUGGGAAUCGCUAUUGCAUGUACUAAAGUGUACUUUCAGGUAUCAGAGAUCGAAGCCCAAAACACUCGCACAGCCAGCACAGCCCGCACCAAGCCACUUAUUUCGACGUGGCUGGGCUCUCUCAAUGAGAUGUACAGAACAAUCGAACUGCACGAAUACAAUAGCCAGGAUUUGGGAAUUGAUUCUGAUGUCGCUCUGGGCCAAUUCCUGGUGAAUGGGACCCAACCAGAUCUGCUGCUUGAUUGGAGCGAAAAUCAGACCGAUGCAUACUUAGACUGGUUUCAAAAAAACAUGCAUCGCGAACUUAGCGAGGACGACAAGCUGCGGAAUUUACACUCACUUUUUCCGAUAGACGCCGAAUCAGAAGCGCUAUUGAUACCCAAAAACGCUGCCACAGACUCGGAACAAAUCAGCUCCAGCGAUAAGGAUCUUGUAUCCCACUUCUACGGCAAUGCCUUUCGAAUUUCGAAAGAUAGCGACCGCUUCCGGGUUGAUACCCUUGCCAAGAAAACGGAUUCACUCAGCGCCGCGAUGUCUGCCCGUGUAUCCGCCAAUUUCGGUGUGAAGACGGGCAGUGCACAGACUCUGAUCUCCUGGGCAGAUGCAGAGGUCGUGCGUUUAGCCAGAAUGCUAGGCGAUACGACUGUCACGUGA